UUAUAAUCAGACUAUUAUCAUUUUUUAAAAUAUUAAUUAAAUCAACAUUGUCUGCAUUAUUAAUUACAGUGACAAGUGGUUUAUGGUAACUAAAAUAAGACACAUGGACGUUCGUAGAUACGUGGUUCACGAAUCUUGAAAAUAUCGCAUCAAUGGUUGUACCAUACCUCGUUGUCCCCAUUGCUCUAUCAGAAACAAUAUCUAAAUUCAGCUCACAUUUUAAAAAUUUCAUUAAUGUCAAUCCGUCAUCUUUGUAUGUCAAAGUUGCGCGACAUAGGAUGCGUACCGAAAACAUAACUAGGUCAUUCAUCGAUAGAUUUUACUCCUCACAUUUUUCUCAUACCGGGCCCCUUAUAUAUGCAAAUCGAUUCUUAAGGCGUAAACUCAAAAAACGAUAGUUAUAGUUAUAAGUUGCGCGAUAAUUUUCCACCUUUAAAAUUUUGGGAUUACUGUCUAUUCCAACUAGAACACCUUUCAGCCUGCAGUGGAAUAACUUGUGUAGUGUUUCUUUUGUGAGCGUGGUCUGUGAUCUACACAACUCGUCUAAUAUAUCGUAGUAACAAACCGCAUUUGAUAGCGCUUUCAAUCAAAGUUUAUUAGGCGUACGACGGCGACUAGUCGAUUCACUAUUUCGGAUCGCGAAGCACUCUUUUAUUUUCCCAAACGGGAAGGCGAAGCUCUAAAUGCGUUGCCAGAAUCACGAGACUAUCGCAGACGAAAUAAAAAAAGAAAAAUGUCAUAGGUCGACGCACUCGCGUCUAUUUGGCGGCAGUCCAAUAGUGCACAAAAACUGCAGCAUACAGCCAUAGACAAUGCAUAUCCGCAACAAAACUUCUUGCAACUUGGCUGUAUAAGCGCAGCAGUUGUCGUUUGCCAAAUAUUGCGCGGGAAAUUUGAUUUUAAUGUGAGUGUCGUUUUUGUAAUUGAAGAUACGCAAAUACAGAAGAUACGAGGUACCUACUGAACAUCUGUACUGGUGUAACCAAGAAUAGUUCAAAGAUCUCGAAUGGCGUGUCCGAGAGAUUUCCAAGUGAGUUAUUUAUGUUACAAUAAGAUUAACACUUCUUCCCCGAGAGGGGCCUGGGUUUCCAUAUUUUUAGUUGUACACACGACGACACGUGUUCUUUGACACAUCGAAAUACAUAGUUAAUACGUCUAGAGAAUACUUGCGCAAUAAUUAAUUUGAUUGUGAAACUAACGAGUCAUUAGAGAUGAUCAAUCAUCAUUGUUCCUAAUGUGUUUCUCACAUUUUAUAAAGGCGUUCAAUUUCAUGUGUAGACUUGGAAUUUUUCUUUCUUUGUUUACCAACAGAGCAGUGGUAUAAUGCAUCCUAUGCUAUCCAUCAGCUGAUAGAAACCGUUGCCCAUAUCCUUCAACACUCCCACACACAAUGUUUCAAAACUUCUAAUCAUUGCCAAAUAGCUAUCCAGAAUAGUGUAGCAUACGCGAGAUAUUCAGAUACCUAAAUAUGCAAUAAUCAUGGAAUUGGCAACAUUUUUUCAGUGUUUUUUUUUACUAUUUUCGUCGUUUAGUAUUUUGUUUUCAAUUGGAUCUUCGUUGUUUUUAUUAGCAUCAUGUUCAUCUGCUGUCUCCGCUUAUACUACAUUCAGCAUUUCAUCGUGUACUAUAAUUAACGUCGUGACUUCCCCCAAAAGCUCGUAUUUUCAUAUGAAUACAUCUUCCCGGUCAGUAGCCGCGCUUUACUUGAGAUAGACUGACGUCGCCCGUGCAGGGUUCAUCCCGUGUGCUCGUAAUUGAAACGAGCCCAGAGAGGCCCUGUACAGGCUAAAGGCGGUCCGUAUCAAGUUCGGAAUUUGAAUUUCGAAAAAGGAACAUUGGGGUUUUAACCACACAUUGUGCCAGUAAAAGUAACCAGAGACAAACAGACUUUUUUUUACAACUGACCAUAGACAGUGUUUUUUUUUCACUCGAUCAUAGACUGUGCUUUUUUUUUCUUAAAACAUAGAUAGUGUUUAAUGUUUAUAAUAGUAGUGAGAGGAAAUGGGGAAGAAGAAGAAAAGUAACGCCAAAAGAGCAGGCAACAGAUUCUUCCGCUGGAUAAAAAGUGACCUACCGGAUGAAGAGGACAAGAAAUCACCGGUUCUCCUCUUAGGGGUCAAUAAAAUAUCUGACUCUCCUUCAGUCAUUCGCAGGAGGUCCACCGAACCGCACACCACUGGGUCCAUAAGAUUCUUCAGACCUCCCAAGUCUAAGUACACCAGAGGUCUUCAAGGAGAUGAAAGAUUAGAGAGAAUACGUCAAGAUCUCUCAGUGCACAAACACAAGCCAGACAAAUACAUUCCCAAAGAUAAUGACGUAUCAUUGGAGUUGGAUGAGAAUAGGUGUAUCAAAUUAAACUGUGUCGGCAACUGUAUUUGUGAUAAGAAAAAAUGCUCAUCCGAUAGAGGAUCGUUCUCGUUUCACAGGCCUGAGAAUAGGCAGUCUUCCCUCUGCCCUUCUGAGCCUUACGAUAAAGCAGAGGACAAAAAAGACUAUUCAGAAAACGAUAUCGAGUUUAAAUACAAAGAACACAUUCCAAAUUCUCAACCUAGUACAAGUAAGAGCUCCUACAACGUCACUCCCAAAUCGACUGAACGAAGGCAUUUCUUACUAGCAAACCUCAAUGAGAGAUUCAGGAAAACUCUCAGCUUGGACUCUCGAAAAAUUGAGACGAACCGCGUACCUCUGACGUUAGCAAAGGACACUCGACCCAAAUCUCUAGUUAACACGAGCAAUAUUUGCGUGCAAAACUUUAGAACGCCCAACCAUUUGGCGACAAACUACGAUAAACCGAACCAACAGCCGAAGAAGAAGCGAAAAUCGUUUUUCUCUCUCGACACUUUCUUUGAUACCAAGAAGUCGGACACGUCAUCAAUAGAUGACUAUUGCUCGUCCAAAUAUAAACGAUUCGAACUAGAGAGCGACGACUCACCACUGUUUAGACGCGACGCCAACCAUAGAGAGAAGACUCCUGACCUACUCAACCUGCCCGUUAUUAUAGAUUCGGUGCGUAAAAAACAAUCGGACCCCAAAAGACAAUUGGAAAAGCUCGAGAACCACUACUACAAAAGUCUAAUUAAAACACAGCCUGUUAUAGACGCGGUCCCCAAAGACGCUAAAGACUUAGAUGGUCCUAGCGGAAAUGCCGAUCACAUAUUUGUCGACGAUGAUGACGUGGAAUACAUUGAACCUAUACGCAGUAACUUCACCAGUCAGAGCACGUUGAUAUUAGAGAAAAACAUUAAUGGAGAUUGCACUUUGAAACCUGAUUCUAUUUUGACCAUUAACACUGAAGAGACUGAUAUUAAACUGCCGAGUUCGACAGUUUCACCCAAAUCGAAUGAUGCUGGAAACCUGGAUAAUGAUUUGGAUAGCAUAGGAAUUUAUGAGAUUGAAGUGAAAGAGACGGAUUUGCUCCAAGAUCUCACGAAGGAUCUGAAAGUUAAAGUGAUGGAUAAGUCUGUGGAUUCUAUCGGCAGUUGCUCGCUAGAUGUCGACGCGAGCACGGACUUCUCAGACACAACAUCUGGGAGUCUGAACCUACUCACGCCUUCGUCGACCACCAGUCGAAUCCGGGACUUCAACUCCAGAUUCCAGGAGCGGGCUGCGUCUAACCUCCAGCCCGUCAGCCAACACCCUACCCCCACGAUCACGCCGAUACGCACACCAGAAGACCCUACACCCACGCCCAAACGUUCAGAAAACUUACUAAAACCUCCACCAAAAGUACACCUGGACGCGGGAAGCCACAGGUCGCGAGGUCACCACAAGAAGCGGGACGAACUACCCCACAAGAAGCCGAGCUAUCUAAACCUAGCUUGCUCCGUAAACGGUUACACAAACCUUACCACAUACGACUCCAAAUUACGGCAGGACAUCAACAAAAGUCGUGAAGCGUCACCGAUACGGCCUAUCACACACACUUACCAAUACAAGAGCGAGAACAACUCUCUACUAGUCCCUGUGCCGGUGAGUGCUAAUAAGCUGCUGGUUCCGACCUUCGGGCCUCAUGAUACAAGAACAGAUUUGACAGCGAAAGCGCCUUCUAAGGCGCACACCGAUCCCUAUCUAGCGACGUCGCCGCUGCAUGUCUACAUGGCGAGCGAGAAUAAACAGUUGAAGAACGACUUCCUUGGCGCCAACAUGACGACCACGACGAGCAGGCCUUACAUCUCCAGCGAGAGCAAGAACUUCGCGACUUCAAUGUUGCACCAGCAGAACAGUGAUGUCGUCGACAACGCUAAAGAGUUGUCGUUCAAGUCCAGUUACUCGGAAACGAAUUUCCGGAAGACAGUGUCUACCAAUGGCAAGGAAACUAGAUACAGCUCGGAGUCUUACACCAUAUCCUCCAAUGGCAUGUCGAAAAGAGUGGAAAUCACCAAGGAGAAUGGGGAGAAACUGACGAGUCCAAUGAAGAGCUUCAUACAGCAAAGGGUCGAGAGGUUAUACGGACCUGGAGCGCUCGCUCAAGGCUUCUUCAACCAGAAGAGGCACAAGAUGAAGAGUCAGAGCGAGGACGACGACCCGAAAGUGCUGACGGAGAAAUCACUCAACUGUCCGAGCGAGAGAUUCGUCAGCCCCAGGAAAUCAUCGAGCUUCGAGAGCGAAAACGUCUUUACUAGUCCGAACGGAGAGAGCGAUGCGAGCGUAUCGUUGCCAGUUCUCAGGCAUUUGAGGCCGGAGUUCCGCGCGCAGUUGCCGAUCUUAUCACCAAAGAAGAGUGUCAAGCCGGAACUCUCGCCCCAGAAACCCGAAGACAUUCCAAGCCCCAAGACUGAACCGGUGACUGAAGCCAGUGUUGUGCAUGUAACGAACGGUGUGUCUGUGAUAAAGUUGAAUGACUCCGCUCAGGAGGCUGUGAACGGUGUGAACAGUGUUAACGGUGUGGAGCAAAGUGCUGAGGAGGUCGUUAAGGAUGCACAUUACUUCCUUGCUUUGGAGAAGAAGGAGACUGAAAGGCUGCUGGGCAUGGCCGCUGCCGCUGAGAAAGAAUUGGAAAGCUUACAGGAUCAAGAUGUGAGCGAAGAAGUCUUAGGGCUCCUCAGGGCGGCGGCUGGUAAAGCUAGACUGCUUGCCACCCAGAAGAUGCAGCAAUUUGAAGGUUUAUGCUACAACAACAUAAACGAGCGAGCCGACGAGCCGUUCCCCACCACCGUCCAGGACCUGCAGGGGUUCUGGGACAUGGUCCGUCUGCAGCUCGACAACGUGGAUGCUCUGCAUCAACAGAUAUAUAGGCUCAAGGACAACGGCUGGAGGGAGAUAUCGUCUCCCCUACCCCGUGCGGCCAAUCCCCCGUCGGGUAGCGGGUCUAGACCCCGAGGUCGUAAUCCCCUACCCGGAACACUACCCGCCACUCGUAAUAACAACGAAAAGGCAAGAUUGGCCGCCCAGAAAAGGGAUGCGGACAGGAAGGCCAUGUUGGAACAUAGGAGGAGGAUAGCUCGCGAGAAGCAAAUGGCUGGCCCCAGUCGGGAACGAGAUCAAGACAUGAACAUAGAAGGCACACAGGAGGUAGAAAUCUUCGUAGGCAGGGGUCCGAAGCCAUCCACUAAGGCACCCCAGGGAGACUGUCCCACUCACACACACUCGGACGUCUCUCUCGCCGACAGCUGAUCGCUAUACAAACAUAACAAAAUCACUAAAACUUGAAAAAAUCACUCAAAAAAGCGAGCGAGCCUUACAUUAGUCGCGUUUGAUGUGUAACAUUUGAAACCUCACCUUAUAUUAGUUAAAAAAAGAAAUAAAACCUACUACAAAAGGAAUAAGCCAUUUGAACAUUACUGUUCUAAAAUCAAAUCAAAAAGCUUCCCAAACUUCCUGUUACACACUUCCGUCCCACUUCACGCAAUCACUCCCACAAAUCGCAGGAAAGCGAGAGGAAAGAUGUUACACAUCAAUAAACCGCAUAAUUAAUUGGACGAUGAUUAAACGGACGAAAUUCAGUAAAUUUGCUAAAUCUCGAUUUAACAAAAACUAGAUCUAUCCCACGGAGAAAUCGAAACGUGAAUGUCCUUUUGACAUUAUUAUUUAAACUUGUCCAGUCGUUAAAUUUCUAAAUAAUAAAAAAGACAUUAUUAUACAGCGGAUGAAUCAAGUUUUAGUUAAAUUGAGAUUGAGCAACAUUUCUGCAAGUGUACCUUAAUAAUUCGCACACAGAGACUUUGAUUAAGUUAAUAAUGAUUGAAUGGGCAAAAUUUAAUGUUUAAUUUAAGUUCAUUAACAUUCAUUCAGUUUAGGAUAAUACGUAUACAAGUAUCUCCAAAGGGGGGCACGAGCCGGGCAAUUUGUCCAGAGCGGCAAAAAUUAGGGGCGGCAAAAUUGACUAGAUCAGCCGAAAAGUACGUCACUAAAAAUUGUGGCAAAAAAAUUUUCCCGGAGCGGCAAAAAUUCUAAAUCGUUAAAGUUGAUUUUUUUAUUACAUUAGAUAACGGGCAAUUUAUCCAGGGUGGCAUAAUUGACUAGGUCAGCCGAAAAGUACGUCACUAAAGGGCGGCAAAAAAAAUUGCCCGGACCGGCAAAAAUUCUAAAUCGUUAAAGUUGAUUUUUUUUUAUUACAUUAGAUAACGGGCAAUUUGUCCAGGGCGGCAAAAUUGACUAGGUUAGCCGAAAAUUACGACACUAAAGGGCGGCAAAAAUUUUUGCCCGGAGCGGCAAAAAAUCUAAAUCGUUGAAGUUGAAAAAUAACUUUUACAUUAGAUAAUUUAUAGUGUUUUCUACCCACAGAACUAGAACCAACUAUCUCCGAUUCGAUUACACAAAGAACUUACUAUCUCCGAUUCGAUUACACAAAGAACUUAAUAUUAUUUUCAAUCAGUCAAAAAUUAAUUGAAGUCUCUGGGUGCAGCACCCGUUUAACUAAUAAUGAAGCGCAUAUAUUAAAUACCAAGUCCGUUCUGAUAAUUUGUAAGAAUUUUCGAAAUCUGUUGAGUAAUUUCAGAGAUAAAACUCUUAUACAAAAACAUUACCCAUUGUAUUAAUUUUAAUAUGUAUAAAUUUUACAUGAUUCUUGACUAUUGAAAGCUUUAGCAGUCUUAAAAUUAUUUAUUAACUUAAUUAAAAAAAAAAGUCAAAAUAAUAAUCAAAAUUUAUCUUACAACAAACAUUAAACUAAAUAGCAUCACAAUUGUCGAGAAUUAUGUAAAAAAAAACAUAUAAUAUAAGUGCUUGUUAAUUCGUUAAAUAAAGUGUUUUGUAUAAUGAUUACACAUUAACACGAAAUUUUUAUCCGGCGCGAAGGACCAAGUCGGAAGUAUUAAUGGCUGACGGUUUUUUAGACUACACAUUACUGUCAAAAAUUUCAAUCAAUUUUCAAUCUUAAUUGUUGAUGGGCAAGGUUAAAAAUUUAUUACACAAUUUUGAUAUUUAUGUGUAGCCCAAAAUGCUGUUGUUUGUACUGAAAAAAUAUAAAUAAACUUUUACACCCAAUUUCAAGAUCUCUCACCUUUUAUUCACAAAUCACGAAAUAAAUAUUAUGUAUUAUUCUUAUUUAUUGCGCAAUGAAAUGGCAGAUAUAGCACUAAUCAUAUUGUUAAAUCUUCUUACUAGCUGUAUAUUAUAUUCUAUUUAGAAAUCGACAAAAUCAUGUUUGAAUUGUUAUUUCAGAUUAAAUUUCAAUUAAUGUAUUUAUAAUAUACAAAAUACAUGGGGCAUUCCACGCGAAGCGGACAGGUUAAAAAACUCGAUGUUUCCGAUUUCAGUAAUAUUUGAGUAUGUUCUACUUAUACUUAUUAUUGAUACGUGUACCAAAUAUUUUUGUGAUAUAUUGACUAGUUAAAGUGUAAUGGGACUUUGAAGUUUUCGACAACCGGUUGGCAUGCAGUACUUCAAAGCCGAUUAUGGACUCAUAAAAUUAUAUAUUAAAAUAACUAAACCACUGGAUUUCCUACUUUAUUUACUGGGCUUUUUAACUGUGUUUUUGGAAUAGAAAAAAAAUUUUUUUUUUCGUAAAAAAAAACCAAUUUAAGUUUUUUUCCUUGAUUUUCACCAAGUUAGACCAUUUAGUUUAUUUUAAUUUUUUUUAUAUAAAUUGCUAAUAUUGUAUAGAACAUUGGUGCCAACUUUUAUAAUGGGCGUGAAAGUGGAUUAGGAGCUAGACUGAAAAUACUGCCGAAGGGUGGCGUCCAGCGCCGCGCCUGUUGACCGCCGCUUGUGCGCGAUUAGUCAUCAAACUGUCAAUCAAAUAAAAUCACUUUUGACGGAAUGUUUUGUAGAUUUUUAAUAAAACCAAUACAUAGAAAAAAUUCCUCGCGGACCAGGCAGCAGACGGGACUCGAACCCUCACCCUUCGCAAUCCGGGCGAAUGCACUGACCAAUUAUGCUACCGCGGCCCUCAUGAACCGCGUCGAAAUUCCUCUAGCCAUUCUUAAGCUGCAAGGCAGCGCCAUCUCUUCGCAUUAUAGGUAAUCCACAAUGUCAAAUGAAUACUUUUACAAGUAUUAAACAUUUGAAAGAAGAAAUAGCAACUAUAGUUAUAAUUUUUAUUUCUUUAAAGCAUGUAACUGCUUGAUGUUUAAAUCUAAAGAAAAUAUAACUAGAAAAAAUUCCACGUGGACCAGGUAGCAGACGGGAUUCGAACUCGCAUCCUUCGCAAUCCGGGCGAAUGCACUGACCAAUUAUGCUACCGCGGCCCUCACGGACCGCGUCGAAAUUCCUCUAGCCAGG